AUGAAUGACGAUCUACGAGCUCGUCCAAAACCUAAAUUUGGCAUUAGUGAUGAUGCUGAAGAUGAAAUGUUAAAUUAUCAAGAAUUAUUCCAACGUUCAAAUAUUCAACCAUCUGCACAAGUCAUACGAGAACCAAAUAUAAAACGUCAACAAUCAAAUGAAGAUGAAGAGAAAAAAAAGAAAUUUUCAAAUAUUGAUCUUACUCAAACAACAGCUAUGCGACCUAUUAUUAUCGAACGGGAUGUUAGUACAACUCCUAUACAACUACCAAUACUUGUUAAUGAUCCAUUUCCACAAGCAAAAUAUCGUGGUGAUGAAGGUGAUCUUGAUAAAAUUGUUUUACCAAAUGUUAAAAAAGCUUCCUUAUUUGCUAAACAAAUGUGUCGUGAUGGAAAAUUGAAAACAUGUAAAGAAUUAGAAGAAACAAAAAUAUCAUCAACCAACCAACAAAUAUCACGUUCAAGUUUAUUAACUGGUAGUGGUCUUGGUGAAGUGACUGGUGAACGAGAAAUUCAACGUAUUCAUAAAGAAAAUAUUGAUCGAUUAAAUUCAAUGGAUGAAAAAGAAAUUUUAGCUGAAAAAGAAAAAUUAUUAAAUUCACUUGAUCCAAAAUUAAUUGCAUUUAUGCGAAAGCGAAAUAGAAAAGAAGGAGAAGAUAUUAUUCGAAUAAAUGAAAAAUCACCUGUGGAAAAAAUGGAUUUAGAUGAUCAAACAACAUCAACAAAUCUUCCAGUUGAUGUUGAUUCUCGAUGGGUUCAUAUGGAUAAUAUUGAAUAUGAAAAAUUAGAAUGGAUGAAAGAUUUACCAAAACCAUCAGUUCCACGAACAGUUGACGAUUCCGAAUUUUUCAAAAAAUCAAAACGAUUUUGA